AAUAGAACUGUGCUUCAGUGGAAUAUACGUAUAUCUGCCUAAUAGUCUAAUGCAUUUAAGUAUUUGUUAACUGAAUAAAGAAAUGCAUGUCCCACUAGGUGAACUACUACGACACACAGUUGUUUGACAAUAAAAUAGGGGUGCCCUGUGAAAUAAAACCCCUGUUUAGUUAUUUUGUUGCCCCAAGUAGACUAUACAGUUUCAAGUGGUUCAGUUUGUUUACUGAAGUUGGGCUGCAGUGUCGUGAUGAUCUCAAAAGCCUUGAUUCCAGCUUUGCCAUUAAAAUGAGGAAUUAUAAAUAGGCUUCUACAGCAUGAUAGUGGUUUAAAAUGUCACAUAUGUUAUUAAUCAUAUGUAAAAAAUAUUUUUUAAUGAAGAAACAACUUUUGUGAAAUUUUAAGUGAUGACGUAGCAGCAAGCGAAGUUCAGACCAUGAGCGAGGUGAAGAUGAGUAGCAGCUUUGCUUUCAGUUCAGUGUAAAAGUAUACUAAAACGAUACAGAUAGUGUCAGUGUAUUCGCGAAUAUUUGGCUGUCUUAAAUGUAAUGCCUAGUCUAUAUGUUACUAGAAAUUAGAGAACCUUUAAUUAAAGAAGUUAUUAGUUAUAACAGUGGCGAGUUUGCAAAGAGCGAGUUGCUGCUUUCUACUGGAACAGCGACGAGUUUCAGCCUCGGAGAACCAGGAGCGAGACGAAGAUAGUCGCUGGCAGAUCCCCGAUCUUGCUUUGGAAUAUGCUCAGUUUAACCAAGUCUUAUAUUUCUAAAACCUCGGAUCCAUGGUGAGGAGAAAAAAGACACCAUCUGCUCCCGAAGAACAUCAAAAUGGGAUGACAGUGAAACAGGGGGAUGGCAGUGGGGAUGAAGGGGUGAAGAAAUUGAGCCGAAAGCUUGAAGGUUGCGAGGAAGAGGAGAGCGGAGACCAGGGGAGUGAAGAGAGCAAUACAAAGAAAAACGGAGAUGAAAUUCCUAAUCUAUCAUCUACUGGUUCCUCAAGUUCGGCUCCAAUACCCUCGACUUCUUCAUCGAACCCACUGGGACCUAACGUUAGUUCGACCCAAGAUACAUCCACACCUGUCCCUCAAAGCCAGGAUCAGCACCAUUUCCUAAGGUCCAGCGUACGACCUCCUAGCAAACGGCUGCGGAAGGAUCCCAUUGCCUCAGCUAUCAAUGGUCACAGCGGUGUCAAGGGGAAAGGUGCGGAGAAUGGGGCUUCUGUGCUGGUGGGGUGCGCCCAAUCAGCUUCCCCGGGUGGGUCGAGCGGUGGGGCCUCAAAGUCGGGGCCCCGGAGCCUGGGGGCCAGCGACAAGGACGAGGCGGGCAGCAGCCAGAAGAAAGUGCGCAGGCAGUGGGAGUCCUGGAGCACGGAGGACAAGAACACCUUCUUCCAGGGGCUGUAUGAGCACGGCAAGGAUUUUGAAGCCAUCCAGAACAACAUUGCACUGAAGUAUAAGAAGAAGGGCAAGCCGGCCAGCAUGGUGAAGAACAAGGAGCAGGUGCGGCACUUCUACUACCGCACGUGGCACAAGAUCUCCAAGUACAUCGACUUCAGCAACGUGUACUCGCGGGUGCUGAAGAAGUCCUCCCAGGAGCUGUACGGACUCAUCUGCUACGCCGAGCUGAGGAAGAAGGUUGGCGGCCUAAUGGACGACAAGAACGUGGCCAAGCUCAACGAGCUCAUUCAGCACGGGGCUACCACAGUGCGCUCCAAGGGCAGGAACCUGCGGAUCAAAGUGCCCAUGUGUCGAGCGCUUAAGAAACUUUGCGAUCCUGAUGGCGUCAGCGAUGAGGAGGACCAGAAGCCUGUGCGGUUGCCCCUCAAGGUGCCCAUGGAGCUGCAGCCUCGCAGUAACCACUCCUGGGCUCGAGUCCAGAGCCUGGCACACAACCCCAGGCUCAGGAUGAUGGUAGAGCUGCACAGGAAGGUGUCCAGCCUGAUCGAGUUCCUCAAGCAGAAAUGGGCCAUCCAAGACCACAGAAUUUGGAAGAGCCUGGAGGAGCGGGACGCCCUGGAGGCUCAGCAGCACUCCCCCUGGGGGCGGGGGCGGGAGCAGGAGGAGCUCUUCCUGUACCCGGCCGAGAGCAGCACGCUGACGCCGCUGCCGGGCGUGGCCCGCGUGGUGCACUCCAAGGCCUUUUGCACCGUGCACUGGCUGGAGAGCGGGAAGUGCCGGGCCGGGGGCCGGGACCUGCCCGCCGCCCACAUCCUGGGCAUCCAGGCGGCCCCCAGGGGCCCCGGGAGGCAGGGCCGCGCGGGUGGGGCCGGGGGCGAGGCGCGGCGGGCCGAGAGCGUGGUCGCCGAGGCGACGGACGAGGCUGUGACGGGAGGGGCGGCGGACGACAAAACGCGGGGCCCCUCGAGCCAGCCGCAGAACAGCCCCACGCCUCCCCACCCCCCACGCGCCCCCGCACAGAAGGAGGGGACCCCGCCGGGCCCUGCGGUGGCUCCUCCCCCGCUGCUGGAGAGCAGGAGCAGCCCGGGGGAGGGGCCCGUCUCCGGGGAGACCGGAGGCGACCAGGGGACGGGCGACGCGUCGGGGCAGAGCCUUGCCCCACCGGCGCGGGAGGGGCCGUGCGUCGAGUUCACUUCGUCCCCCAGAAAAGACUCGGCCGACUCUCUCAGGGACGGCGGGGGGAGCGCGCGCUGCGCGGAGGACAGGACUGAAGGGACGGGCCUGUCCCCAGAGGGGCCUGCCGCCGCUGGAGGUUCCCCUCCUCCCCUGCAGCCGGCGGGGGGGGACGCCUGCACUAAAGAAGACCAGGCCCCCGAGGAGGGGCGGAGCGGCAGGAGGGCCGCUGGGAAGGAGGACGCGGGCGGGGCCGGGGGGGCGGGCGGGGCGGGCGGGGCGGGCGGGAGGCCCCCGCAGCAGAUCCGGGAGGAGGGCUGGUGCACGCGCAGCACGGAGAACGUCACGCUGGCCGAGCUCUACCUCAUGCUGGGCAAGCCGGGGAAGCUGCAGCUGGAGUACGAGUGGCUGCCCGUGUCCCGUGACGACGGCCCGCCGCACCCCAGCCCCCGGCCCCGGCCCCGGCCCGCCACCCACCGCGUCCUGCGCUGCCUGCUGCGGCUCGUCUCCUCCGAGGUCAACCCCAAACCCGCCACAGAGCUGUGCUCCUCCGCCACCUCGCCGCUGAAGCCCGGGCUGGAGGACCAGUCCGGCACCCCGCCAGGGAAGGGCAUGGCGCUGGGGGUGCGCAGUCCCAGCUGCGGGCGCCACCAGGCCUCCGUCCGGGGGGGCGUGCGGAACCUCCCCCGCUCGCUGCUGGCCCCGGGGGCCUCGGGGGACGCGGACAGCAGCCUCUUCGCCGUCCCCACCACGCUGCCGCCCAACAGCCGCCACGGGAAGAUGUUCUCCCCCAACAAGGAGGCGGAGCUGGCCUUCCGCCAGCAGCUGCACUCCUUCAGCAUGCAGUCCGACCUUUUCCUCCCCAAACAGAGAAAGUUCCGGAACCGUCACCUACGGAAGCCUCUCGUGGUGCAGAGAACCCUGCUCCCUCGAACCACCGGGGACGCCUCCCAGCACGUCUGCUCCUUCUCCAUCCUCUCCAACUCCUCCAUCGCAGGUACCGGAUCUUUCCGGCCCAUCCAGCCCUCCCUGCAGGCCGCCCCCCGCCCCGCCCUCCCCAAAGCCGUUCCCCAGAGCUCCGCCACAUCCAGCCAGCUCUCCAGUACCAUCGACCUGGCCGCCAAGUCGGCGGGCAUCAUUCCGGGCAGCCCGUCCCAGGAGCCGGAGGGCCCCGGCGCGGUCGGCCUCCUCCUGGCUCCGGACGCGGCGACGCUGCCGGAGCCCAAAAGGGACCUCCUCCCCCAGACCCCGGCCGCCAUCGUCCCCGCCGAGGCCGCUUUGGACAACGGGCUGUCUCCCCUGUCUCCUGCGGGAGACGCAGACACCCUCCUGUCCCCCCCCAGCGUGGCCUCCCUGCUGGACAUCUCCCUACCCGGCCCGCCCGAGGAGGUGCUGUCCCAGGGCGAGGCCGCCUCCCACAUCAGCGACUCCAUUAUCGAGCUGGCCAUCAACUCCGCACAUUACGGCGACAGCUCCUCCCUCUCCCCCGCCAAGCUGAAUGGGGGCGACGUGUCCCGCAGCCUCCCCUCCCCCGCCUGCAGUCCUCAGAGGAGCUGGAUCGCCUCUCCCUCUCACGACCCGCAGUGGUACCCCAACGAGUCCAGCGACUCCACGCUCAGCUGCCUGCUCUCGAGCCUUAUCUCCCCGGAAAAGGGGCGGAAGAUGCUGACCCCCUCGGGCCCCUCCAGCGGGACGUCCCUGCUGGGCCCCAGCCUCCUGGACAGCAGCUCCAGGGACUCCUUCCACUCCCGCGGGCUGCCCGACGUCGGAGAGGUGGACUCCCAGCUGGCGUGCAUGAUGAGCGAGAGCAGCGUGGACUACAUCGCCCGCUUCAACGACCUGGCGCAGGAGCUGUCCGUCAGCGAGCCGCCGCCCCCGCCCCCGGGCCCGAGCGGCAGCGGCUGAGGGAGGAGCGGGGCGGCGGUGGGGAGCACUCGCCGUUUCACAGCGCGGACCCCCGGAGGGCCGGGACCCGUGUAUAGAGGAAGACCUCGGCGGCGUUGCGUCGGAACUGGCCUGAGAGCGCGCGGUAGAGGGCUAACGCGGCGCGGCGCAACGAGAAGCCGACGCCGAACGGCUCGGGGUCGUGGGGGGGAGGGCGUCCGUCCCGGUCGUUCGAGUGCCCCUGCGCUUGGAACGGAUCCGAUCGCUGAGUCUGAAUGGGCUGGGUGCGGGACCUUCCCUGGUCAGCGGUUCUCCGGUCUGUUCUGCUCGCGUGCGAGACGGCAAAGCCAGUCAUCAGCCUGCCCUCUCCCGGAGACCCCUCCAGAAAAUCUCAACUGAAAGUUGUUUACAAAACGAAACUUUAUUACUACUUUAUUUUUUUUUAGUUGCAUCUGCACUGUCUCACUUGGCAGCCCCGGGCGUGCUCACAGGGCACCUGCCAUUUUGCCACUCCCGAGAGACUUGUCUUCUCUUGGUCUCUCGUUUUUGACAUUUCUAAAUAAAAUUCAACAAAUUCCAUCUAGAAUUUGUUCUGUCCACGAAUUCCACCCAACAGUAUGAAGUUAAGGUGCGUACAGAUAGGUGUUUUGCUGACGGGAAGGAUUCUUACUGGAAAUCCUUGAGUGUGGUCAGGGAGGGUUUUUGGUGUUCAUCCCUUUAACUGAAGAGAUUAGUAUACAGUGAUGCAGUCACAGAUGCAUUUCCGUUUACCACUAGAAAUGUUCACUAUGUAGAAUGCUAUGGGGUAAAUAGUGGACGUGUAAUGCCGGUCAUCGAGACGCCCUGUUUGUUCCGACACGGUUAUUUUUGUGUCUGACAUUCGACAGCACUACAGCAGUUUGUGUAUGUAGUCUCAUGUGAAUAAAUGUUUUAUUCUUGUGGGUUUGUGCAUCACAACAUUAACGGUUGUAUGUAUAUAUAUAUAUAUAUAUAUAUAUAAAUAAUUGUGAAUACAGAAAAGCCAUAUAAGAAUAACUGGUUUAAACUUUCAUGCGGAGUGUGUUGCUUUUCUAUCUUCUGUUUUCAGAUGUUUCCUUGACUCUUAGGAACCAUAAAAGACAGAAACUAAAAGUGAAUAUUAACAUGUGUUUUCCCUCAGUUCUAUGAAUGGAAAGCUUGAGUGGUGCUUAAAGUAGAAAUUAGAGGAAUAUGCCAGAUAGGCGUAUUCUCUAGCAUGUGCUGUCUCCGUCUCACCAGUUCAAUACGGUGUCUCCAACAGCAACGACAUUCUUACAAAAAAAAAAAAAAAGGUCACUCACUGGUCAUGCCUGGCAACCUGCAGAUCUGCUUGUUUGUCACUGUUCCUGCAGAAAUUACCAGAUGUUCAGUUGACUGGUUGUUCUUGCAGCUGCAUUUAUUGCCAGGCACGAAAGAAGUCUCCUGUUUAAAUUGUUAGCAAAGUCAUCUUUUGAGAAAUAUACUUGAUUACUUUCAAGUUUUUUCCUCGAAGGUGAUGUACUACAUAUAUUCAGUAUCGUAACUUUGAUAUGACUGAAUAUGUACAGGGAAUCACUAGAUGAGGCAAAACACUCAUGAACCUGACCAGUAGGCUAAUCUAUUCAUCUAGUCUGGACUCUUUUCAAAGAUUACCUGCGUGAAUGGAUUUGCUUAGUGUAUUAACAGAAAAACAAAUUGCAACCCAAGAAUGCUUGUGCUGCUACAGAAGUGUUAAAUGUUUGUUGAUCAAAUAACAUUUUAGUUCCGUUUGGGGGAAUUUUGAAUCUUCUAUGUAUAUACAUCCUACUUUCUACAACUUGUAAAAUUUCAUAGUGUUUUCACUAUUUGCUUCUGCUUUUUCCCAUAUGAACUCACACACUUUGUACUUUAAAACUGGAUUUGAUAUCUGGGGUAUUUCCUUAUAAAGUUAAGUAUGUGGACUCUGUGAUGGUAAGAGCUAUUUGGGGUCCUUGUUAACAAAAUUCCCAAAUGUUCUGAUCUUGUCUAAAAUAUUGUACAUUACUUCGCUAUUUAUUGUUAACAAUUGCAAAGGGGUUUGGGGUUUUUAAUUUUCAAUGAAAAGGCUGUUAAGCUAAGAGUUUCCUGUUUGUAAAAUAUGUUUUUAUGCUUGUGCUUCUAAAUACAGCUUAGGAAAAAUGUUUUUCUGUUUGUCAUCAGGAUCAUGGUUGGGUAGAUUUUAUUUUUAAUGAAAUUCAGGACAAUGUGUACACUCCAUGACACUCCGUGCUACCAUUAUAUGUUCCAGGAGAAGGCUCAGCAUAUUUUCAAUAUGUUUAUUGACACAACAGGAAUGGGUGAAUAAUAAAAAAAAACUAUCUUAUCAUACUGAAAAUAUUUUUUAUUUUUUGUGAAGUUCUUAUACAGUUUAUUUUUUCAAGUUUGUUUAUUAUAUAGUCAUAUACAGUGUUUAUGAUGCAAUACUGUAUGUGUGAUCAGUUUGUACAUGCUUUCUGACUUUAUUCUCAGCCUUGUCCAAUUUGAGAUGUUGUUUUUUGUGGGAUGCCUUUCUCUGACCCCUGGAAGUGGUGGAAGAGCUUGAGAACACCUGCUCCGAUUCCUUAGUGGCUACAUGCUCCUGUGAUUUAGAUCUUUGCUGGGCACUCCUGGACGACUUUCUUGGGUUCAGAGUGCUGCUUGGGUCCUUAAAGGGGCGGAUCUUUGGAAACUGAAGGCGCCAGGGGGGGCACACGACUUUGAUGGGGACAGGAGCGUUGGGAGUCGCUGCAUCCACAACCGUAACUUCAUUGCCGUCCUCGUUUGCCACUUCUGUUCUGUCACUGUCUUUAGCUGGCUGGAGACCGCUCUCACAUGAAACGAGGCCUGUGGGCUUUACUCUCUUUAGGAUAAUCUUUAAAGUGCGGUUAGUGGGGCACUGAAAAGACUCCCACAGGAUGUGGUCUGAAUUCUUGCCUUCUUCAGGAUUGAGAGGCUGGUCAUCCCUGUAUGAACCAUGAAGUUUUUCUGGGAGUGUAGUGGCCUGAGGGAGACUUGUGUCUUUUCCACAAGCGCAUUCUUCAGAUAACUGAAACAGGUAUAUACAUUAGCAUUACCACUCUUGAUUUAUGCUCAUGGAAUUUCACUUUUGAAAAUAUACAUAAACACCUAACUGAACCAUUCUGUCCAACUACUAAAUCAUUACUCUCGCAUAGACUAAUAAAAAUAUGCUGGUUAUUGUG